AUGUGUAAUUUCACGACGUUACUUCUGUUGGUAUCGAUAGUCAUCGGCAUUAAAGAUGUUAUCUACCUAUACCAUAGCGAGGACGAACUCGUAUCCGAGGAGUCGCCCGAGGCCGAACCAGAGGAGUCGCCCGAGACCGAAACCGAACCCGAGGAGUCGGCAGAGAUCGAGGCAGAAUCCGAACACGAGGAGUCGCCCGAGGCUGAGGCCGAACCCGAGGAGUCGCCCGAAGCUGAGGCCGAACCCGAGGAGUCGCCCGAAGCUGAGGCCGAACCCGAGGAGUCGCUCAAGGCCGAGGUCGAACACGAAUCCGAGGAGUCUCCUGAAGCCGAGGCCGAAUCCGAACCCGAGGAGUCGCCCGAGGCCGAACCCGAGCCCGAGGAGUCGCCUGAAGCCGAGGCCGAACCCGAACCCGAGGAGUCGCCUGAAGCCGAGGCCGAAUCUGAACCCGAGGAGUCGCCUGAGGCCGAACCCGAGCCCGAGGAGUCGCCUGAAGCCGAGGCCGAACCCGAACCCGAGGAGUCGCCUGAAGCCGAGGCCGAAUCUGAACCCGAGGAGUCGCCUGAAGCCGAACCCGAGCCCGAGGAGUCGCUCGAGGCCGAGGCCGAACCCGAGGAGUCGCCCGAAGCUGAGGCCGAACCCGAGGAGUCGCUCACGGACGAGGCCGAACCCGAAUCCGAGGAGUCGCAGGAGGCCGAACCCGAGGAGUCGCCCGAGACCGAGGCCGAACCCGAGGAGUCGCCCGAGAUCGAGGCCGAAUCCGAACCCGAGGAGUCGCUCGAGGCUGAGGCCGAACCCGAGGUGUCGCCCGAAGCUGAGGCCGAACCCGAGUCGCUCGAGGCCGAGGCCGAACCCGAAUCCGAGGAGUCUCCUGAAGCCGAGGCCGAACUCGAACCCGAGGAGUCGCCCGAGGCCGAACCCGAACCCGAGGAGUCGCCCGAGGCCGAGGCCGAGCCCGAACCCGAGGAGUCGCCUGAAGUCGAGGCCGAACCCGAGCCCGAGGAGUCGCCUGAAGUCGAGGCCGAACCCGAGCCCGAGGAGUCGCCUGAAGUCGAGGCCGAACCCGAGCCCGAGGAGUCGACCGAGGCCGAACACGAGCUCGAGGAGUCGCUCGAGACCGAGGCCGAAGCCAAGCCCGAGGAGUCGCUCGAGACCGAGACCGAACCCGAACCCGAGGUGGACCAAGGGACAGUGUCACCCCAGAAAGAACAAAUGACAGUGUCACUCCAGGAGGAUCAAGGGGCAGUGCCACCCCAGGAGGACCAAGGGACAGUGUCACCCCAGGAGGACCAAGGGACAGUGUCACCCCAGGAGGACCAAGGGACAGUGUCACCCCAGGAGGAUCAAGGGGCAGUGCCACCCCAGGAGGAUCAAGGGGCAGUGCCACCCCAGGAGGACCAAGGAACAGUGUCACCUCAGGAGGAUCAAGGGGCAGUGCCACCCCAGGAGGAUCAAGGGGCAGUGCCACCCCAGGAGGACCAAGGGACAGUGCCACCCCAGGAGGACCAAGGAACAGUGUCACCCCAGGAGGAUCAAGGGGCAGUGCCACCCCAGGAGGAUCAAGGGGCAGUGCCACCCCAGGAGGACCAAGGGACAGUGCCACCCCAGGAGGACCAAGGGACAGUGCCACCCCAGGAGGACCAAGGGACAGUGUCAUCCCAGGAGGACCAAGGGACAGUGUCAUCCCAGGAGGACCAAGGGACAGUGUCAUCCCAGGAGGACCAAGGAACAGUGUCAUCCCAGCAGAACGAAGGGACAGUGUCAUCCCAGGAGAACCAAGGGACAGUGUCAUCCCAGGAGGACCAAGGAACAGUGUCAUCCCAGGAGGACCAAGGGACAGUGUCAUGCCAGGAGGGUCAAGGGACAGUGUCAUGCCAGGAGGGUCAAGGGACAGUGUCAUGCCAGGAGGACCAAGGGACAGUGGGACCCGAGGAGUGUGAUUUGGAGGGGAUGGACAGAUCUAGUAAAGAUUCCUCACUCUUAAACAAAGUUGCUAAUGUGGCACUUGGUAUUUAUUCAGUGUUUCUCAUCCCGGUUGCACUGACAUUGUUCAGUGUGUGAAGUGUUCCACUGAACAAAAAGGUCCCUUUCUACACAGUCACUUAUUAUUUGUUCAAAGACUGAUCAAAGCAUAUUUAUUUUAAA